UGGCCUCCCAUCCAACAUGGCGCCUACCCUGGUGGAGCAUGUUGUCGCAGACGCUGGAGCGUUUUUGAAGAGAGCUCCUCUCCAGGUGAGAUUUAAUUCACGUUUAAUCAUAAUUUAGCUUUUCUUAACAGUUCGGUGCCGACUGUCCGCGUUUGGACCUUCUCGGUGGUUGUUAAAGAGUAAACGGAAGCUUGUUAUUUUGGGCCCAAAGCUUCACACAGACAGCGAGACCGAACCUCCGAAUAAUGGACCGAAACACUGAAUUAUUAUUUGAUCAGAGAAGUUACAAACAGGCGUCUUUUUUAUUCGAGUCAGUUAGAGUAAAUAUGUAACUAACUUGACCAACUGAUCGUAGUUAUCUGUGUUUAUCAAGUAUAGAGAGCUGUCAAUAAUUUAUUUAUUUAUUUAAUUUAAUUUCUAGUAUUCUGGGAUUAUAUUAGGUAAGAGUAAAAAUUAAUAAUAAUGGUAAUAAUAAUGAAAAUAAGACACACCAAUCAACUGAUCGUAGUUAUCUGUGUUUAUCAAGUAAAGAGAGCUGACAAUAAUUUAUUUAUUUAUUUUAUUUCUAAUAUUCUGGGAUUAUACUGGGAAAGCGUGAAAACGAAUAAUAAUGGUAAUAAUAAUAAAAAUUAAGGAUUACGGUGUCAUACAAAAAACCCCAAUAUUUUCCGUCAGUCAUUCACAGAAGUUGAAAUACGACAUACAGUUUUUUUUUAUUUAUUGAAUUAUAGACAAACACACAAGGCACUUAUUUAUCAUCAAAGACAAUUAUAGAAUAUUUUCCUUAGAUUGAGCUUGAAUAACAUCAAAAGAGAAAAAAACAACAACACAAUUUUAAUGUUAGAGGCCUUUCUGUAUCAUUCGAACAUUUCUAGUUAAGAAAAUAGGCACAGGGCUUUCUUGUCUGUUUGUCAUCUGUACUGAUUUCUACAUCUGUACAAUAAAAGACACCCAGGCUGUUCUUUAGAUCUCAUCCUGUCUCCUGUGCAUUGUUUUCCUGAGUUUAUGUUGGAUCUUCCACAACAACACUCUUCUGUGUUUAUUUGUGUUGCAGGAUAUUGGAAAGACUAUUUACACGCUGAAGGAUGUGGUGGAUGAGAUCAGGGACAAACCCACCAGGAAGAGUCUGGCCUUCCUGCCGUACCAGCUGAACUUUAAAGAGCCCCGUCCUGAACACAUCAAACUGGGUAAAUACAAAAACUUCGGCUCCAUAAAAUGAGAAAUAUUUGAGGAGAAUAUUCAGGGUUUUUUAAAGAUAGUUUUGCACAAGUAAAAUCAACCCCGCCUCAUCAGCUGUAGGCUUUCAAAGCAUUUUAAGAAGCUCGGAUCUGGAGCAGAGUUGUAUGCUUUACCGUCCCACCUGACUUUGUUUUUGUGUCUCUUACCUCAGUGACAGAGUUCUCCAAAAAGACCGGAGACUACCCGAGUCUGUCAGCCACCGACAUCAAGGUCCUGGCUCUGACCUACCAGCUGGAACUGGAACAUGUCGGCUCUCAGCACCUGAAGAAAGAGCCCGAGGUCAAAGUAGGUAACCUCGGGGAGAAACCUCUCAGUAGCUCAGUGAAGGCACACAGAGUUACACAGCAGGAUCGUGUUGUUCUUCUUCAGCCAUCUGACUGAAGUUUCAUUAAAGGGUGACGCUUGCUUUGUCUUUUAGGUGAAUAUUCAAAGCACACAGCGCCAUCCAGAGGCUCCAGUCAACAUUGCAGGAUUUCACUUCCCCUCCAAGGUGAAUCUCUCUAAGAGGCUUCGUCAUCGUUUCUCUCGUCACUCAUGAGUGACAGGUCUAAAACGACUAACUUGUGUUUCAUUGUUGUAGAAACCCGUGGACGGUUUGGACGUCAGCGAGACUCCAACAGAAGCUCAAACAGAGACGUCAAAACCAGCGGAUACUGACGAGUUUAACAGCUUUAACUUCUGGAAAGCGCCGCUGCUGUCCUUCGACAGUGAGCUGCUGGACUUACUGGUGAGUCUGAACUCAGACAGAAUAAAAAACAGAGACCCCGCACUGAGACGCCAUCACUGUAGAGUCAUACUGUAGCUAACAGGCUGCAGCUCUAGAAGGAGUCCUGCCAUCACUUAUCACACUGCACCGGAGUAGAAACCUCCUUUACUGUGUCUCACAGACAUGCGAGCGGUGUGUUUUUUGAGCUCUAACCUUUCCUUGUGUCUCCAGGAUCCUGUCAAUGUGCUGAACUCAAAGAACAAACAAAAACAGGCAGAAACACAAACAGAGAAACAGAAGGUCAUACAGACGGACACAGAGACGACUGCAGACAGCGAGGAGUUCAACAGCUUCCUCUUCUGGAGAGAGCCCGUCCCGACCAUCGACGACAGCCUGCUGGAUCUACUGGUGAGUUCACAGACACUCAGACGGACUCCACGUGUUUCAGUUUCACACCCACUCAGGAUGAUUUACAUUUGUGCUGCAGAACGAGGGCAGCAGCUCCACAUCAGAGAGCGAGGUCAAGAGGUCACCGCCGACAGAGAACCAAUCAGACGAUGAGGAUAAAGAGAACGAGCCUGAAGAUGAAGAGGAGGACCAGGAGGACUGUGAUGAUGAUGACGACGAUGAUGAUGAUGGAGGUGGUUGGAUCACUCCAAGUAACAUCCAGCAGGUGAAGAUGGAGUCUGGUGAUUGGACAGCUCCUGCUGAUGUCAAAGUGGGAUGUCUGACCACCGACUUCGCCAUGCAGGUAAGAGGCCCGGUACUGGUCUGUGAAGUCCAGGAUACUGGUUUCUGACUGGAGUUCAUUGAAGGAAGUUAAACCUGGUCUUAGUUUUGUACAUUCAUAUUAUUUUGUCUGAUAAACUUUCAUCUAAAGAAAGUUUUGUAAUUUCAUUCUGUUUACAAAAUCUGUCGCUGAUGUUUUCUGUCUUUCCAGAACGUUCUCAUUCAGAUCGGACUUCACGUUCUCUCUGUGAACGGGAUGCUGAUCAAGCAGGCGAGAAACUACAUCCUGAGGUGUCACGCCUGCUUCAAGUGAGUUCACCCCGACUCUGAGCGUCAGCUGUUAAAGCUGCACAUUUAUGAACUUUUGUUACUAUUAAUGGAUGAAGAAAGAUCGAAUCUGAAGCAUUUACGUGGAGUGUUUCUAAUUUCAGGACGACGAGCAACAUGAGCAGAGUCUUCUGUCCUCACUGUGGGAACAGAACUCUGAAGAAGGUGGCGGUGACGGUCAACGAGGACGGCAGCAAGCAGAUGCACUUUUCCAAAAACCCCAAAGUGCUGAACCCGAGAGGGAUGAGGGUAAGAGACACAAACACGCUGAAAACACACUCGCUGCACCGCUCUUCUCUAUCGCUGUACGGGUGUUAAAUCAGGAGUGGUUCCUUAAUUUUUCAGAGUCUGUAGAUGAGAUCUCAGGUUCCCGUCAAAGACCACAGUAAGGGGAGAAAAGUGUGUCGGCUGUUUUUGACCUGCUCCUGUCGUUUCAGCACUCGCUGCCGUUGCCUCAGGGAGGAAAACACGGGAACAACCCUCACCUGGUGGAGGAUCAGCGUUUCCCUCAGCAGAGACUCUCCCAAAAAGCUCGUCAGAAAACAGACGUCUUCAACCCGGACUACGUGGCGGGGACCUCGCCCUUCUGCGAGAACGACAUCUACAGCCGAGCCGCCAACCUCCACCUCAGAGACAGCCAGUGCGGGGCGGGCAGGAGGCGAGCCAACCCCAACGCCGCCCGCAAGAAGUUUGUGAAAAAGAAGUGAAGAGCAGUCGGGCGACACAAGUAUGACGUCAGUGGACUUGUUUGACCUUAAAUUGAAGGAUCAUCCUGAGGUUUCUCAUGUUUGAGUCUGUUAGUCCUCAUAGUUCCAAACCAGCAUCUCUCCUCUCAGCUGUCAUGUUUCAGUCAGUUUAAUUUAAUGUAACUCUACGACCACCAAAUAAACUUUUAAACUCCUCCUCCUGCUGCAGAAUCACUCACUGACACUCACAGCUCCUGUUUUAGUGGUCCCUUAUAAUUCAGAUUCUCUUUAAACCCGGUCCAAGAACGAGGUUUAACAAACUCAGUCACAGGCUGAAUCAAAGUUUCCUCCUUAAAACCCUCAAAGACGAAGAAAAUUCUGGAAAAUUUUCUGUGAAUCAUCUUUGAAUUCUGAGAUAAUUCAUUAUUCGGAUUGAAGUCUACCGUAUUUUUCAAGAAUCCCUUAAAGAAGCAUCUUUUUUGUGGUGUAUCAACAAAAAUCUUUUAAUAUCAGUCAAUAGUUAUUAGUUAUUGAUGACCUUUGGUAAUAUUACGAUAUUUCUGUGUAGUCAACAUUUUAAAUUUUCAGAGCGCUCCGCUCUUGUAAACAAAGCUGUUCCCACCCUCCCCCGCGUCAGAAUUUAUGAUAAAGAUUUAGAAAAUACAAUUAAAAAACAUAAUGGACUUCUGUUUGUCUUCUGUUUACUUUAGACUUCUGUGAUUUAAGUUAAAAUUGUAGAACUCUGACUCUGAUCACAGAAACUGGAAAAAAAAAGAAUUUGGACUUUAAAAAAUUUACAAGAAAAAUCUGUUAAAGUUUCUGACCUGAAUUUUUGCCUCUUUUAUCGGCUCCAGUCCUUUGCAGAUAUAAAAACAAUAACUCUACACAUUUCAGCUGAAAGGCUGCUGAGGUUUGGUUUGUUUAAUUAAAUCUGCAGAUCCCAUCAGACUCACAUUCACCGGAAUAAAAAAGAGAUUUAGUCAGAAAUAAGGAGGGGUAACUUUUUUAAAACAUCUUUGAAAAUAUGAUUUAGAGUCCAGAGAGUGAACAAUCCCCACACACAUGAAUCAGUCCUCCUCACACCGCUGAAGUUUAUUAUCGGCUCAUCACUCCAGAGAAAACUCCUCCUCCUCCUCCUCCUCCUCCUCCACGAUCGUCUCCUCCUCUUUCUCUUCGGACUUGGCCUCUGUCAGUUCAGAAUCAGAGUCCCUGAGACCAGACCCAGCCUCUGCAGGGUCAGGAGGUUCUGUCUCCACUUUUACAUCAGGAUCUGUUAUUGUGUCUGUGAGCUGUGGGUCAAAGGUCAGGCUGCCCAGUUCAGUGUUGAUGUCAAACUCUGGUUCUGGUGCCGUUACUGGUAACGUCUCUCUCUCAGGAAGCACAAAGUCCAGAGGCUCCAGAACCGCCGAGAGGUCGAUGCUGCCCAGGCUGCCGUGUUUGUGCAGCUGAGUCACAGGAAGUCCUGCAAAGACACGAAGAACUGGUUUAGAUGUGGACCACGCCCACAGAGUGCCCUCUAGAGGCUAAAAUAAUUACUGCAACCACAAUAUUUAGGAGUUAAGCCAAAAACGCUUUGCUGUAUUGAUUAGAAUGGAAACCUAUUUGCUGCGAUACGCGACACUGCUGUCACGCUCUAAACACACAUCCUGUAUGUUUUACAUACAAACACAAACUCAGAAUCUACAAUCUGCACUGCGUUACUCCUACUGGUUUCUAUUCAUACAAGUGUGUAAGACAUGUAAGAGAACUUUUUGAGUGAACUGAACAAACAGAAGUCGUCCUCACCCAGGAUGAGAGCCAGCUGAGCCGGGGGGAACAGGACCUGCAGACAGCGGUUUAGGAACGGCAGAAGAUCUUCAGCGUAUGCAGAGCAGAACUGAACAAACAGCUCCUUCUCUCUGCUGCUGAAGGCCGACUCCUCUGCCCGAUGAAACACUAAGAUCUGACGGGUCACCUGACGAGAAACAGGACCGAAACAGACAGAUAUAGACCUUACAGACCUUUCUGUAGACCAUCGUCCACUCACAACAUUCACAUAGUGACAGACUGUCCUCAGACACCACUGUAAUCUGAUAUUUCUGCACUGCUGUGUGUCUGGUUAGAAGUUUUAUACCUUUAGGAGUUUAACAAAGAAUUAUAGUUUCAAUAAAACCUCAUAAACAGGAACUAAGACAACAAAAAAGACUGAUAAUCCAGCCGUGAUCUCCCUGAGCUCGGCGUUAAAUCAAACCUCUCUGAAAAAACAGACCUGCAGUUCUGAGAACCUGAAAUAUACAGAAGGACAAAAGCUUCUCACCAGUUUGACGGCGUCUUCGAGACAUUUAGUGACCUCCUGAGCCAGUCCGAUGGGGCAGCAGAGCCGCAGGUCGUUGAAGGCCGUCAGAACGUUGUUGAGGAAACAGGCCAGUGGCUGGAAGUCCAGCAGGGACAUUGGGGGCUGCAGAGUGCCGGGCUGGGUGCUGGGGGCCACAGGUGGGAUGGUCCCUCCGAGCACAGAGGGCAGAGAGAUGAGCGUGUACAGGUUCAUGUCCUCCUGGAACUUCUCCACCGCCUCCUGCACAGCGCCCUGGAAUGUCUGCGCCGCCACCCGCUGGAACAUCGGCGCCAGCUGCCCACGGAAAUCUGCCCCCACCCUGCUGAAGGAGAGGCCGAAGUACAUGCACUGACCCAGUAGGGAGUCCAGGCGGCCUCCCACUCCCCGCUGAAGAUCCC